AGUGGCGCGGGCCCCGCGUGGGUCCUGCCGGAGAUCACUUCGGCCCCUUGGAGAGGCGGCCGAGCUGCGGCGGCGCAGGAGGGGGCGGGUUCGGCGAGGGCGCGGCCUUUCGGAGGGGGGCGUACGACGCGCAUCCCCCGCGGCCGCCUGGGCCACUCGGGAGCUUCGCGGCAGCCGGGUGCCCCACUUGGCAACCCGCUCCGUGCUUCUUCCUCGCGCCCGCCUCCUCUUGUCACCUCCCGUCUCAGCCUCCUUGCUCCAUCCUCGCCGCAUCAACCGCCGGCCGAGCGCCUCCGAGAGCCAGAGGUGGUGCGCGGGGCUGCAGGGCGCGCCCUCAGGCGGACCCCGGCCCGGCAUUGGGGGGCACAGGCGGCAGCAUGGACACCAAGCGCUGCUUCGCCAACCGCUUCGAUGACUACCAGGGUAGUCUGCUGGCGGGCCAGUGCGAGGAGGCGGUGGCGCCCUUGGUCACCGCCACCAUCGAGCGCAUCCUUCAGGAGCUGCCCCCGCUCGGGGGCGGCGCUGAGGCCCGGGGGGCGGCGGCCGCGGCCAGCAGCUGCCAGGGAGGGCUGUACGGCGGCGUGGCCGGGGUGGCCUACAUGCUCUACCACGUCUCGCAGAGCCCGCUCUUCGCCGGGGCCCGGGAGCGCUACCUGCGCUCGGCCAAGCGCCUCAUAGACGCGUGCGCCCGCGCGGAGGAGUGGGGCGAGCCGGACGCCGACACCCGUGCUGCCUUCCUGCUCGGGGGAGCGGGCGUGUACGCCGUGGCCACGCUCGUGUACCACGCCCUGGGACGGUCCGACUACGUGCAGCCGUUGGGCAAGUUCCGGGCUCUGUGCGCCGUCUGCGCGCCGGUCUCCUUCCUGGAGUGCGGCUCCGACGAGCUGUUCGUGGGCCGGGCGGGCUACCUGUGCGCCGCGCUGGUGCUCAAGCAGAAACUCGCCCAGGAGGUACUGAGCCCAGCACAGAUCAAAUCAAUUUGCCAGGCGAUUCUGGACUCUGGGAAGCAGUACGCCAUGAAAAAAAGGAAGCCAUUCCCUCUGAUGUACUCUUACUAUGGAACUGAAUACUUGGGAGCGGCUCAUGGCCUGUCGUCCAUUCUCCAGAUGCUUCUUUCUUACCACGAGCACCUCAAGCCCUCAGAUCAGGAGCUGGUGUGGCAGAGUGUGGACUUCCUCAUGGAGCAGGAGCAGAACUGCAACUGGCCACCUGAGCUUGGCGAGGCCAUCGAGAGGGAGAAUGAGCUGGUGCACUGGUGCCAUGGCGCCCCAGGAAUUGCCUACCUGUUUGCCAAAGCUUAUCUCGUUUCCAAAAAACCACAGUACCUGGACACAUGUAUCCGGUGUGGGGAACUUACGUGGCAGAAGGGCCUGCUAAAGAAGGGGCCUGGCAUUUGCCACGGUGUGGCUGGCAGUGCCUAUGUCUUCUUGCUGCUAUACCGGCUCACGGGAAACUCUAAAUACAUCUACCGAGCCCAAAGGUUUGCUGAGUUUUUAUUUACCGAGGAAUUCAAGGCUGGUUCUCGGGUCCUUGAAAGUAUAUACAGCUUGUAUGAAGGCUUCUCUGGGACAGUGUGCUUUCUGAUCGAUCUGCUGCAACCCAAUCAGGCGGAGUUCCCUCUCUUCAGCGUCUUUGUCUAGAAGGCUCCAUCUCCCACUGUGGCCCUGCAGAAGGUCCCUGAGAUUUCCCAAGCCUACCCGAGGCAGUUUCCACAUAAGCCACAUUCAAUGGUAUCACAACCAUGAGCCUUAACAUUGCCGCCCGGAAGGAAGGGAGGGAGAGAGGGAGAAGGCAGGUGAAGGCAACAUGAUGCUAGACUUAAGGGAGAACGGUUUGAGAACCUGCAAAAUAAAGACACCACAAGUCCUCUAAAAACUGUAGAGAUUUAACAUUUCAGGGAGUAGAUGUGAAACCUGAGAUCAGAGGAAAAAGGGAAAGAGAAAUCAUGGUUUUCAGUUAUGGCAUAGAAAACAAAACUGAAAUGUGGACUAGGGUAAUAAAAUGGCAAUACCUUUGCAAUUGGAAAGAGAAUUUGACCAUUUAUGGGUGCCUUCCACCCCUAAAUUCAGAAAUAAACACAACCGAAAGCUAAAAUAAUUGCCCAGCUGAAAAUUGCUAGCUAGGAGGGAUGAAAUGUCAGGUUGCUGAAGGACAAAAAAAGGAAACUCCUGGUUGUUCAAUCCCUUUACUUGUUGAAAUUCAUGAUUUUUACUGAAUGGAGAAGUUUGCAUAUGAAUCUCUAUUUUUAAUCACUACCCUGAUCACUUUAAGGGAAACAUAUCAUAACUUUUUUUAAGAUUUUAUUUUUAAACAAUAUCUACACCCAACACGGGGCUCAAACUCACAACCCCAAGAUCAAGAGUCGCAUGCUCUUCCGACUGAGCCAGCUGGCCACCCUGAAAUAUAUCAUCACUUAGUUUAAAUCUUGAAAUUCGAAGUUUCUUUAGGCCUUGCAUCUCUUUUCCUGGUUCCUUUUUCUUUCCUAAAGCUCAAUUAGAAUAGUAAAACUCACAGGCUAGCAAAUACUGUGACAAGUGUUGCUGUCAAGUGUUUUUCUCAAUUUGAAGCGUGGGCUGUGUAUUGUCUAUUGUUAAUCAAUAUUAAAAUGCUUAUGUAAUCCCUAUGAAGCUAUCAGCUGAAUUGUAAAAUACCCUCGUGGUAAAAAUCACUCACUCGUCUCAAAGAUCAGGGUAGCCACUACAAAGGUAUGUCGUUUCUGCCUUUGAAGGAAUACUGUGUCCCCUGGGACAGGCAGACCCUGGCUGAAGAAGGGACCUGGUGAUGGUGAAAAAAACAUUGCUAAAGUUUCUGCUAUUAGAUUAACACAUGAGUAAACUCCCUGGCUAAUCACCUUACUUUCCAAGACACAGGCUCCACUAGAAACUGUCUACAGUACCCACUGAGCCAAGUUGCCAUAUUAAAUCCAACCCUCCUGUAAACACACAGAAGUUGUAAAACUACUUCAGGUAAAUAGGGGUUUGCAGAACACUGUAGAAGCAUUUGUCAGAUGAGAACACACACUGACCCUUUCCUAAUACUUGACCACUGGCAAUUUCAUAUAUCAGAGGAGGGAAUUGUGUACUGUAUAAGAUUUAAGAAUUAUUGAAAUAGUCAUUAAAUAUUUGCAUAUGUGAUAGAUGUAAAAAUAUAUAUAUAUACAUAUUCUACAUCUAUCUCCAUGUAAACCUAAACACUAAGUUCAGUUGUUCCUAACUUCUUGAUUUAUAAACUGAAAGGAGUUGGGGAUAUUCUGUUGCCUAAGAAUAUGUGUGUGUGUGUGUGUGUGUGUGUGUGUGUACACGCGCUGGCAUGU